AUGGACGCCCCUUGGACAAAGUCGGCCAAGGAAAUCCUCGACUUCUAUAACGUCCAGCCCGAACAGGGUUUGACUUCGGCCCAAGCCUCUAAACACGCAGAAAAGUAUGGCAAAAAUGUUCUACCCGAGGAACCACCCACACCAUUAUGGGAACUCAUAUUAGAACAGUUCAAGGACCAAUUAGUCCUCAUCCUUCUCGGCUCGGCUGUCGUCUCGUUUGCAUUAGCGUUGUUGGAGGAUUCGCCAGACUCGACAUGGUGGGGGGCUUUUGUCGAGCCGUUGGUUAUCUUGUUGAUUCUCGUCGCAAACGCGACAGUGGGAGUCAUUCAGGAAUCGAGUGCAGAGGCCGCCAUUGACGCCCUCAAGGAAUACUCUCCGGAUGAAGCCAAGGUCGUACGGUCAGGUCAAGUCUCGCGAAUUCACGCUUCGGAACUCGUCCCUGGAGACAUUAUUACGGUUGCUGUCGGUGACAAGAUCCCCGCGGACUGUCGGCUGGUUUCCGUUUCAUCAAGCAGCUUCCGAGUGGACCAGGCUAUUCUUACCGGUGAAAGUAUCAGUGUCCACAAGUCCAUCGACGUCGUACCAGACCAAAGUGCAGUAAAGCAGGACAUGACCAACAUGCUCUUUGCUGGAACCACUGUGGUUAACGGUAACGCCCAGGCCGUCGUAGUCUUCACAGGCCAACAGACCGCCAUUGGUGACAUUCACAAGUCGAUAAGCUCCCAAAUUUCGGAGAAGACUCCUCUCAAGCGCAAAUUGGACGACUUCGGAGACAUGCUUGCAAAGGUUAUUAGCGUCAUCUGCGUUCUGGUAUGGAUUGUCAAUAUCCGACACUUCUGGGACCCAGCCCAUCACGGCGUCCUCAAGGGUGCCAUCUAUUACUUCAAGAUCGCCGUCGCGUUGGCCGUAGCUGCCAUUCCCGAGGGUCUGGCUGCUGUUAUCACCGCCUGUUUGGCACUUGGAACCAAGAAGAUGGCACAGAAGAACGCCAUUGUCAGAAACCUGCCCAGCGUGGAGACUUUGGGAUGCACGAAUGUCAUUUGCUCUGACAAGACGGGAACCUUGACCACCAACCAAAUGAGCGUGUCGAGGUUCCUUGUUGUCGAUCCUUCGAGCAACAUCCGUGAAUUCACUGUUGAGGGCACUACCUUUGCUCCUCAUGGGUCGGUUUCUUCCGCUGAUGGCAAGGAGGCCUCUGCUGAACUCAGAUCAGACCCAUUGCAACGCCUGGCUGAAAUCAGCUCCCUCUGCAAUGACGCCAAGAUCGUAUACCACCCUGACAAAGACGCGUACUCAAAUGUCGGUGAACCGACGGAAGCCGCCCUCAAGGUCCUCGUCGAGAAGAUUGGCUGCCGCGAUCUGGAAGUCACCAAAUCCCUCUCAUCCCUCGAGCCAUCCGCCCGGGCUAAUGCCGUCAACGAUUACUUCACUCGCAAGAUCCAGCGCCUCCUCACUUUCGAGUUCUCUCGGGACCGCAAGAUGAUGUCCGUACUUGUCCGACUAAACGGCACCGGCGCACUCUUCGCCAAAGGAGCUCCCGAGUCCAUCCUCGAAAGGUGUACCUCGGUCCUCGUCAACGGCAAGACAAUCCCCCUCACGCCUCAACUCCGCUCGACUCUCCUCGACCGUACGCUCGGGUAUGGUUCUCAAGGAUUGCGCACUCUGGCAUUGGCAUACCGCGACGUGCAAGACCUCGAUUCGUCCAACUACCAAUCCGAGAGCACAAGCGACUACGCGCGGUUUGAACAAAACCUCGUCUUUGUUUCCCUCGUCGGCAUGUUGGAUCCUCCCCGUCCUGAGGUCCGAAGUGCCGUGGCCAACUGCAAAGCUGCUGGAAUCCGCGUUAUCUGUAUCACGGGUGAUAACAAGGGGACUGCCGAGACUAUUUGCAGGCAAAUCGGUAUCUUUGGUGAGGAUGAGGAUCUGACUGGGAAGAGCUAUACUGGGAAGGAAUUCGAGGCAUUGAGCCAUGAAGAGAAGGUUAAGGCUGUGCAGAGAGCGAGUUUGUUCUCGAGGACUGAGCCUGGCCACAAGAGCCAACUUGUGGAUCUUUUGCAAGGAUUGGGUUUGGUUGUUGCGAUGACUGGCGAUGGAGUGAAUGAUGCUCCUGCUCUCAAGAAGGCUGACAUCGGCGUUGCGAUGGGUAGUGGAACUGAUGUUGCCAAACUAGCUGCCGAUAUGGUUCUUGCAGACUCAAACUUCGCAACUAUCGAAAAGGCUGUGGAAGAGGGUAGACUGAUUUACAACAACACUAAGCAGUUCAUUCGAUAUCUCAUCUCUUCGAACAUUGGUGAAGUCGUCAGCAUCUUCCUUACAGUCUUGCUGGGAAUGCCCGAAGCUCUCAUCCCCGUCCAACUCCUAUGGGUCAACUUGGUUACGGAUAGCUUGCCUGCUACUGCCCUCGGUUUCAACCCACCGGACCAUUCGAUCAUGCGGGUACCACCACGAGAUAGCCGCGAGCCCCUUGUUGGGAGGUGGUUGUUUAUUCGGUAUAUGGUUAUUGGAGUCUACGUGGGUGUAGCGACUGUUGCAGGGUACGCUUGGUGGUUCCUCUUCUACGAGGGUGGUCCCCAGAUCUCGUUCUACCAAUUGACACACUUCCAUGAAUGCACGACGCAGUUCCCGUCCAUUGGCUGCGAGAUGUUCACCAAUGUCAUGGCUCAGCGCGCGACGACAAUGAGUUUGUCGAUUCUGGUGACCGUGGAAAUGUUCAAUGCCAUGAAUUCCCUUUCGGAAAAUGAGAGUCUUCUGAGACUCCCAGUAUGGAAGAACAUGUACCUCGUUGGCGCUAUCAUCCUUAGCAUGGCGUUGCACUUCAUGAUUCUUUACGUUCCAUUCUUUACUAAACUCUUCGCAAUUACGCCGUUGAACUGGGUCGAAUGGAAGGCCGUGUUGUACUUUAGCGCACCUGUACUCGUGCUUGACGAACUUCUCAAGUUCAUCUCGACGACAUUCGUAGAGCCGCCAUCAAAGCUUAAAUUGGAUUAACUGCCAGUCCAAGGGAAGGUCUGGUUUUAUUAUUUGCUUUUCUUACCUAUAGUUCUAGCCUAGCCUCCCAUCUCCACGCACGGACUACGGCCUACGGUAUACACCUUUUACGAAUGUAUUGAAGACUUGUAUGUGGGGCUUUAUUAAUAAUCUGUUUGUUUUAA